AUGACAUCGGGUAAUCCAGAGAAAACGGUGGACAUAACGAAGCUCAGCCCUGAGGAACAAAAGCUGUUCCGGCUUUAUGGAAGACUUCCGCAGCGUAAAGACCUUUUAGUUCAGAAAUUACAGCAAGGAAGAAAGUAUUUCGAUUCUGGCGAUUAUGCAUUAAAUAAAGCUGGCAAGGCAUCCGAUGCCGGCAUAACCUGUAUUGGAAAAGAAAUACCUUCUCCAGAAACAAUUCCUCAUAGGAUUGCGGUUACUGGCUCUCCGUCGAAAGAACCAUCAAUUCACGUCAAGCGUCCAACGGAUUCGGCACCAAGUGAAGUCAGUAGUCGAAGAGAGUCAAUAGUCCGACACUUCGACGAUGACAAUGAUGAUAAUCUAACUCACGAGAAUAAGAGUUCUGAAUAG